AUGUGUGUGUGUGUGAGUGUGUGUCAAAGUCCAGGCUGCAGCGGUGUGUGUGGCUAUGUGUUACAGUCUGAUGGUAGAUGUGUGUUGAUGAACAUGGAAGAGCGAAAGAAGAAGAAGAUCCUGUGUGUCGGUCUGGUGUGUUUGGACAUCAUUAACGUGGUGGACAGGUAUCCCGAAGAAGACACUGACAGCAGGUUAGCAGACGGGCUAAUGCUAAGACGAGCUAAUGCUAACAGAGUCAGAGGGUCGCAGGUGUUCAGUUUACAGGUGACAGUGUUUAUACCAGUGCUUAUCCGCCAAUGAAUGAUAAAUACUGCUUUAUUAUGAGGUAGACCUGAUCGUUGACUUCAUCUUUUUGAAUGUCAGAGGUAUUAUUAUUAUUUUUACUGACUGUUGUUACUGAUAACAACUGUGCUGCAGAGUUUCAGCAGGGGUGUGUCCACAUGGGCGGCCUGAGGUGGUACUGCCCCCUUAAAACCUGACUGGCCACCUAUGUGAUGACAUCACUGUACAGCAUGAAGUAGGACUCAUGUUGCAUGUGGUAAUUCAUUCAUUAACCUUAACUCAGGGCUGCCAAGUUAGAAAAUGACAAGAGUGAGACUUUCAGACAGUGAAAAUAUGGUAUGUUGUAUCUGAACAGGUUAGCUUACGAGCUCAAGUUACUUAGCACAGAUGAAAGUUAAAACAAAUAUGUUUAGCAAACUGUUAAAGUACACAAACCAUCGUCAUAUGAGAAAUCCAACACUAUGACUCUCCACAAGUUGUCCUUCAGGUCGUUAUCUUUGUAAUGUUUGUGUCUUUUAUCAAAAAGCAUUCUGUUCUCCAACGCAUAAACAAUCAGCCGGUCGGCCAUGUUGGAUAUACCGGUGAAUCAGACGUCACAACAACACGCAAUCUGAUUGGUCAGAAGUGGACACACAGUGUGCAAAACUUUAGAAAAGUCAACCGCAAUAUCGCAGGACAGGAAAACGUCACUGAUGUGAACACUUGUAUUGACAGGAUACGGGUUAAAAAAAAAUAUUGACGUCUGAAAUAAUCGCACAACAAAAACGGUCCCGGUGUGAAAGGACCUUUAGACUGAUAUCCUCACCAUGCCAGCUGCUCUACCUGCACUGUGGCCUCCAAAUCCUAGUCUUAAUUGACCAGAAAUUAAAAAUGAAAAUUGUAACAAGAAUUUUGAAAAAAUAUACAUUUAUUCGUCAACAUUACAUUUCAACCAACUCUCCAUCAUUUAGCUGGGGACAAGACAGUAAGAGAAGCCAAGACCCACCGUACGUUGCUUCUGAUUGGUUUAUAUUGCCUUUCGUGGUUGGUUUGAUUUAGGCACAAAGGACUGAUGGAUUGGUCUGGGAUUGGCUAUCUCGGUCAGUCAAUCAGAGUUACUCGAACUACGGCAAGGCAAGUUUAUUAUCAUGAAAAAAUAAAUUCAGAAUAUUGAAUGCAUGAGGAAUGUCAAGUGUGGCAUGUGGUGUGAGAAUGGGUCAAAUUGCGUGACUCACACUCAAAGCGUGACGCUUGGCAGCUCUGUAUAACUUAUGAAUGAAUAAACAAACAGGACAAACAGCAUCUGGUUCUACCACAUGUGAUAAUUCUUUUUAGUCAUCUAGUUAUGUGUCUGCUGUUUGUUUUCAGCCACUUCCUUACAGCCAACAUAUGUAAGCUCCCAUGGUUGGCCCAUUGUUACUAUAUCAAUUAAUAAUAGAUAAUUGGUUGGUUAAAUCUGCAGAAAUUUCUUAUCUGCUGAUACUGACAUCAUGCUGAUUAUAUUGUGCAUCCCUAGUGUCCAUAAUAUCCAUAAUUACCUCCGCCAAGGAGGUUAUGUUUUCGGUAGUGUUGGUUUGUUUGUUAGCAACUUUACAGAGAAAGUAACAGACGGAUUGACCUGAAGUUUUCACCAGAGGUGCGUCUCAGCCCCAGGAGGAUCCCAUUAAAUUUUAGUGGUGAUCCGGACAAAAUUCUGGAUACUGUGAUCCAGAACACACAAAAAUAAGGGUUUCAUUGGAAUUUUCAGUGCUGAAAGAUAACCAAUGGGCGGCACAGUGGUGUAGUGGUUAGCACUGUGCCUCACAGCCAGAAGGUCCUGGGUUUGAAUCCCGGUUAGGGCAUUUCUUGUUUUAGGAACAUUAUGAACAGUGAACAUACCAGUUUAAACACAAAUAAAAGUUAAUAAAAGACACGUAACAGUAAAAGUUUUGGUGUGAAUCUCAAUAUAAGGGGGGACAUGAGCUGCUUGGCGGAGGUCUGCGCUCUCCGAGUGCUUUUCUAGUUCCCCCAUAUCUUAACCCCUUCAACAGUGCACUGACAGUAAAGUAUAAUUUUCUGGCAUCCUGCAGGUGUCUGUCUCAGCGGUGGCAGCGAGGAGGGAACGCCUCAAACUCGUGCACGGUGCUGUCAUUGCUCGGAGCUCCCUGUGCCUUUAUGGGCUCUCUGGCUGCUGGACCUGUGGCCGAGUGAGUGCCGAUCAAUACGUACAUCACUACACAGUUUUAAAUACAGUCAUCAAUGAGUGAGAUGUUGAUUUCAUUGUCAGAUAAAGACAAGUUUAACUGAAGUCCUUUAAAAGUUUCUUAAUCCUUGGAGAGAGAGGGCCCUCCUCUUUAGUUUUACUUUCGGUGUCCAGUAUUUCUUCCUAUUUUAAUAUCAUUUAAGGAUAAUUUCCCAUCUGAAGGGUUUCAGGAUUUUGAAGUGACAGGGAGGUGUAAACCUUCUCCCAUUUGUAGUUUUAUUUUGGAGGAUUUUCAGAAGUUCCACAUCGAUGUGUCUCUGGCGCCUGAGCACGCUCAGUGUUUCCUCCCAGCCUCCAUGGUCAUCAGCAACAUCAGCACAGGAAGCCGCACCAUCCUGCACAUGAACAGGUGUGGCCAGGUGUGUGUGAGUGUUGUGUGUUAUUAACUGCCUCUGUUUCAGGAUCAGCGUCACUCACCACAGAGCCGCCCUGCCUCCUGUACCACCAAUCAGGUCACAGUAACCUGUGGGUCUGCAGUUUUAUUUUGUAGGAGAGAGUUAAUAUGAACAGCUUCCUGUAUCUGUCUCUGUCAGUUUCAUCAUGGCCGACUUCUCGCAGCGUAAGAUCGAUGUGUCAGCUGUGGCCUGGCAGGUUGAAGGUCAAACUCCGUGUGCAUGUUGCGUGGUUUGUCCGUCCAGCGGAUCUCGAACAGUCGUUCUCUCUGACACGUAAGACGACCUGACGACCAGUCAGAGACAAACAAUGUUCACUAAACACCUCUUUCUUUUCACUUAGACUGAGUUACAGUAGAAAUGUGUCAUCACUUAUAGAAAUCAGAGAGAUAAUAACUCAUCGUUUAGCUUAUCUAACUCGGUAUGUACAUAACUCUGAUAAUAAGUGUAGUCUAACAGCCAGACAGCAGUGUUUACCAUUUAAUUCACCGCUAACCAUCAGUUUUAACCCUCAAUAUUAUAGUAUUAUACCUUCAGUAGAGCAACAGGGCCACAAUAAAAAAAAGAUUUCUGGGGAGAAGAAGCUGUUAUGUUAAAGGAGUAAAGUUGGAAGGUAAUCACAUUAUCAUAUUGUGAGAGUAAAGUGAUACAGUGGUACUUUUUGUUUAUGGUGAGCAGCCAGCUGUGUGUACCAAAGGAAAAGACAUGGAGUUUCUAGUUAAAUUAAACUUUACUGCAGGUUUCACUAAUGAAGAAAUACUUACUGUUCUGUCACCUCCGCACCACAUAUUUAUAAGAACCAGGACUCUGAAAAGACUGAGCACAAAGCUGAGAUGUGUGGCAUCCCCUUUCAAACCAGCAUCAAAUUAAAGUAAACUUAUAUGUUGAAAUAGGACAAAAGCAGUUUGAAGUGCCCAGUUAACCCUCUGACUGCUGGCUCAGUAUUCCAGUACACAGUAUUGACAGUAACCAUCAUUACUAAAAUAAUUAAUAUUGUAAUGAAACUGAAAAUAAGCCAACAGUGUUACGCUGAGAUCAUGGCUGAGGUCUUUUACGCAGGUUGCCACAUACCAUACAACCAUGAACAGCAGCAAAGAAGCAGCAGACUGUCAGUGAACGGUCUUAGAGAGGUUCUUAAAGAGACGAUUAGACACUUUUGAAAAUAUAAAGCUUGUGCCUCUUCAGGUUACUGAUUCAUUAAAUACUUUGCAACCAUUCAUUUAACAGUUUUCAUCCAGUUCCUCACAAUUUUCUUGAAGUAGCUUAGAAUUAAAAGCAUAGUUUAAGGAACUAUGGAAAGAAAACAACUUCAACUUAAGAUGGGAAAGACACCAACUGGGAAAUACCAGUUCUGGUCCAAAGAGAACCUCUGCUCUGGUUAAAACUUUCAGAUGAAGAAGCUUCAACCAUCCCUUGUAAUCUCCUCUCUCUUGACGUUGCGGGUGUAAAAAAGAAGUGAGCAGAGGUGUUUGGUGAACACUGUUUUAUCUGCCUUCAAAGAAAUUUAAUCUGGAUCUAAUUUGAUCUCAAUUGACUCUGAUCCUGAUCUUGGUGACUGCAGAGUGAAAUUGAAUCCUUGAUCGACCAAUCAGAUGAAGUGUAGAUCAGGAGAGGGUUUUCUCUGAUAAUUAAAAUUCAUUUAUUUAAUUCAAGUCAUUUAUUUUGUUUAGGAAUUAAAACAGUUUUGCUUCUUAAAUCUGCUUAAAUGUUCAUUCCUGGAAUCUCCUGAUUUUAGUUUCUGAAAAUAAAUCUGUUUUUUUUUUUUAUGAUCAGAGUGAAAGAUUAGAAAAUAACUGGGUCAUCAAGUGAAUAUUUAAACAAUAUUUUCCAAUAAUUUCCCUGGUUGGGACAUUCAGACUCAACCUCCAUCAAAGAGAUGGAGAAUUUGAUGAAAUCCAGAGUGAAGUCUGUAAUUUCGAAGAGAAUUAAAUUAAAGUGAACUGAAAUAAGAGAGAGAUAAACCUACUAACAGACUGACAAAUGGACAGAAAAAGAAAAAUAUACAAAAUAAAAAUGUAAAAACUAUUCCUUCAUGUAUAAAUACAUUUUUCAUGGAAGAGUGGAAAGAAGUUACUCUCGUUAAAUUCCACCAAUUCUCGGUUUAUAGAUGUUAACUAGCGAUUUAGUUAGCUUGACAUGUACAUUAAACAUCUCUACUUAAAGACUGUCUAAUUCUUUGUAUAUUAAUAAUAAAAAUAAAAGUUGUGGCUUUUGCUGCAGGCCUUUCACAUAAUGAAGUUUUCAAUUGAAUCCAUGGCAUUAAAAAAAUGUAUUUAGACAGUAAAGACAAUCACACUGUAUACACACAGCCUCUCAGCUAAACUAGGCUAACAGCUCUAACUCUCUGAAUAUUUCAGAAGAGUUCUAAAUCUGUUUGCAGCUUUUACUUCGUUCACUGAAUUUCAACACAAACUCUUCAGUUUAGUUUCAAUCAGCUCAUGUCUCUGCGAAGUGUUUGUGAAAAUUAAUCAGGGUUAAUUUUCAGUGAUUUGUUUAAUUUCUGUCUGAUGUUUAAUGCAACCUCAUUUAUGCUGAAAUAUAGAAAAAAUUGAAAGAUGUUUUAAUGUUGUUUGUGAAGAUUUUCACUCCAAAAUGCUCAAAUCUAUCUAAUAAACAAUCUAAGCUCUCAUCUCAGUUCUCUUACAGACACUCAGGAGGAUUAAGAAAAUAAACAUAAUCUGCUUUUUUAAGACUUAACCACCAGAGCUUUCUGUUAUCUUAUAAAUACCUCCUGCCUGUGCAGGAAGUUUAUUAUUUCUUUGAGUCAUUUUGGAAGUAAACUUUUCACACUCAAAUUGACCAAAAGUGUUAAUUGAAACAGAUUGUUUUGAGUCUGUAAUUUUGUCUGAUACCAGGAGCUACAGUGGACGCCUGACUGUAAGAAAAUAAAGAUUUUCUGUGCUACAUGGUGACUGUUGGACUUCUGAAGACACAAUUUCCACAGUCUGCAUUGACAAAACUGCUCAUCUUUUAAAAAAAGAGUAAAGUAUCACAUCAUCAGAGUUGUUUCGAGAACUCUGUAUUAUCUGCUGAAGGGGGCUGUGAGCUGAGCUGCCACUAAGCAUUCAUACAACUGACCUCAUGGUACCUUUUAUCUCUACUCAUCCCUGUUUGGCCACAUUUUACACAUCUUUGGAUGAUAAACAGGCUCCACUUUUGCCACUCCCAUGCCCCUGCAGUCCAAAAUAUGGUUGUUUCUGAGACAUCAACAGUCUUCGCCUGCAAAUACAAAAUUGGUGUGGCGUUUGUGCUUCAUAUUUGCUUUUAUUCUGCAGCAAUUGAAGAAAACCUCAAAACAGCUUGUAGCUGUGUAAUUAAGAGCAGCUCUCAACCUGGAAAUUUUUCUUUUAAAAAUAGGUGUAGCCACUUUUCAGACAGACCAGGCUGCGGACACAGCAGAUCAUCUCCAUAAGCACAUGUGCAUGUCAAACCUCUGUAGCUGUAAGUUCGAUGUCCACAUCGAUCCCAGAUUCCCAGCUUUUCAAAGGCAUUCAGCAAUCUCACCCGUGGAAGUUGCUCUUUGUCAUGUUGACUCAAGACCUAAAAUAUUUUUCAGAAAGUCCAGCAGACACCUUAGUGUGGAAGGUUGUUAUGUUUACCUGAGAAAAAAAUCUGCUCUUUCCUCUCAGAAGUAUGAAAUAAGUAGUUUUUAAAUGAAAAAAAUAAUAUGUCCUAAUUUUCGGAAGUAGUAAUUAUCUCAAAAAUCAAAAAUUUGAAAUCAAAAUUUAUAUAAAGAAAACAAACAAACAGGACUGAAAAGGUGUUUAAAUGUUCAGAACUCCUUAAUACAGGAAAGCAGAGCAGAAUUUUCUUUCUCUACAGUGAAUGUAACAUGCUUUCAUACUUCAGUAUAUCAAGUUAUAAGUUAAAAAGUUUUAAUCCCCCUCAUUCUUAACUUGUUAAGAACUUCUUAAAAAGUUCUUGUGAACACAGAAGCUCCUCCUGACAAACACUGAGAUUUACCUCUCAGUUAUCUUUUUAUUUUCGGUCAGCCCAUCUCAGCCUGAUGAUGUCACUAUGAUGUUGUCAGGCUUGGCGGGCUUAAUGAAGGGUUAAACAUUAACCUCUAAUAUCAGAUUAAUGGAGGAGUUUCUGUUUGUGUUUGUCCUCCUGUGUUUCAUCAUCAGUAGCAUAAACUCUGGCCUUAAAUGCUCUUCAGGAACCUUCCAGAUGUCACAGCCGAGGAUUUCUCCAAAGUCGACCUCCAACAGUUCAAGUGGAUCCACUGGGAGGUGAGCUGCACCUGCAGAAACCGAGAGUAAACAUUUGACUGAACAGAAACCCGAUCAAUAAAAGACACUCCUAAUCUGACUGAUGGGUCUUAAUUUAAAAGCCAGACUGACCUGAGGGAUCGAACCAACGGAGCUGAUGUUAUAGACCUCAGUUUCAGUGAAGUUGUGUUGAAUAUGAAUAAAAACUGAAUACAGUAAUUUGCUGAUCCUUUUGACCCUGCUGUGUUGCAGGUGGUAAAUUAUUGAACCACCUGCAACUCAGCAGAUGGUUCAAUAAUUCUUCAGUCUAAAUGAUCAUAUUUUAAUGAUUGAGGGGGGGCAUACUUGUCAUAGAAAUCAAAAUUGCCCUGCUGUAACAGAAACAAUGUUUAAAAAUCAGAUAUUUGGUGCCUAUUUUGGUUUUCAAGCUUCUGUUAUCAUGAAGGAGACGAGCUUUAUGACCUCCUCUGCAACCAGCCAGUAGAGGGAGCUCUAACUUUUUUGGUUUCAUGUUUAUGAAGCCACCAUGUUGUCCCUCUUUGAAAACAGUCUACGGUCUGAGUUCAUAACCUCGUCUUUUUUUUUUUUAAACUCACAUGACGAGUGUUUUCAUUGGCUGUGACAGAUACUGAAAUGAGUACUGUUGCUUCUGUAGGAGCUGCAAAAGCAAACAGGACCAUCAGCAAGCAAUGGACUAUAACUAUAAAUUAAUUUUUGAUGUGAGAAAGCUCUGCUGUGGGGUAGAGACUGAAGAAAGGGGUUAAAUCAUGCUGAGAAACAGAUUUUAAUAAUUAGAUACUAUUUGUUUGAAAAAAAAAAAAAGACGUUAAAAUAUUACAUAUACAUCUACAGGCCAAAGUCAGCUAAGAUAUUAGAGGUGCUGCUGUGUCCACAGGGGGCGCUAAAGUCAACAAAAGUGCAAGUUCCUCCCUGGAGGUUUAAAUUUUGGAAGGUUUUUAAUGUUUUGUCUGUCAAGUUGUCAUUGUUCAUGUUUCUGUGUUCUUUGUGAGUCCGAGAUAGAAACAGUAAACCAAAGAGAAAGAUUUUGCCAAAAGUCUGAGGGUAUCUCAGGUAAAUUUAUAGAUCUAGAAAUGUCAUCCAGACAAUAUCCCUGACACCUAAGACAUGACACAUAUUUUCACCUUGAAUAUGUUGUCACUAUCACCGAGUUUUCUACUCUUGCAGGGCAGAAAUGCUGAUGAACAGGUGAAGAUGAUCCAGCAGGCAGUGAAGUAUAACAGCACGCUGCCUCAGGAGCAGAGGAUCACCAUCUCUGUGGAGAUAGAGAAGACCAGAGAGCCGCUCUAUCAGCUCUUUCCUCACGGUGAUGUGGUACGAGUGUCUGUGUCAUAAAACCUGAGACUUUCAGCUCUGGUGUCCUCAGAUAAUCACAAGGUCCCCAGGUCCAUCUGUUCUCAGUGUCCUCUCUGUAUCAUAGGUAGUCUUUGGUAGAUUUUUCCACAGGGUUUCUGCCGAUCCUUAAAAAGUCUUAAUUUUUUUUUCAUUUAUACACAUUAGAUUGCACUGUGUCUGAUGUUUUCCUUAAAUACUCUAUCAAAUCUACACUCCUUUGUAAGUAUUACAUAAUUUUUGUAACCUUAUUUUGUGGAUUACCUUAUUGAGGUGACUAUUUCCUGCAUUUAUUCUUAAAGGAAGACCUGGCCUUAAAGGGAAAAAAAUGUAAAUACUGAAUCAAAAUUAUUAGAUAAAAACUCAAAACUAAAACAGUAAGGCAUAAUUAUGAGAUAAAAAGCCACAAGCAUGAAACUAAGAGGCAGUUGUGAGAUAAAAAGUCAAGAGAGUGAAAUAAAGAGCCAAAAAAUGAGAUAAAAUCUCAAAAUAACAAGAUUAAAAAUUUUGGUUAUGAGACAGUAAGUCAAAUUUACGAAACAGUCGUAAAUAUGAGAUUAAAAAAGAUUAAGUAUGGGAUCAAAAAUAGAAAUUUGAGAUAAAAUGUUUCAGUCGAGAAAUAAUAAGUCAUGAUUCAAAGAUAAAAAAAACAGACUGGAAGAAAUUAAAAAAUAUUAGCUAAUCAAAAUUAUGAGAUCAUAAAAUACUAGAAAUGAUGAUUAUUACGUGAUUAAAAAGUAAAAAUAUUCAAAUAAUAUCAACAAGUCCCUAAAAUUAUCAGGUGUUCAGGUGUCUCCAGGUUUGGUUUAGUCCUCAGAUCACUCUGAGGGUUUUCUUCAUCACGAGAGGUCCUCAGGUCUGUUCACUUCUCACUUGUUCUUUUGGUCCCAGGUGUUUGUCAGCAAAGACGUUGCUCGACACUUUGGCUUCCUGUCUGCUGAAGCUGCUCUGAAAGGACUCUACAGUCGGGUCAAACAGGGGUGAGUAGAGGUCAAAGGUCAGCAUGCAGUUGGCUCCCUCUGAGAAGUUUCUUUGACCUGUCUGUCUUCCACUAAAGCUUCUUUCCUUCUGACCUGUCUGAUGUCCCUCAUUUGUUGUCCUCACCUGUGUCACCCCUCUCUCUCACUCUCCCUCUCUCUCUCAGGGCUGUCCUGAUUUGUGCCUGGGCAGAAAAAGGAGCAGAUGCGUUGGGUCCCAAUGGUGUUCUCAUACAUUCAGAUGCUUUUCCUCCUGAAAGUCUAGUCGAUACUCUCGGAGCCGGAGACACUUUUAACUCAGCCGUCAUCUUCACGCUGUCCAACGGUGAGAUUUAUUGUAGCUUUUAACUUUAAAUUAAAUAUGUUCAUGUAAAUCAUAAAAAUAUGGAUGUAAGAGUUGCAGUGUAUUUGAUAAUGAUAAUAAUCACCACCUGGCUCUCUGAAAUGUUAAUUUUAAGCAACAUUAGCUUUGAUUACUUAUACAUGAACAUGGGAAUACGGCACCUUAGAUGCUUAAAACAGAGUAAAAUCAAUGGAAGGAAAAAAAACUGGUACAGUGUCACUCAUUCACUUUAUUUAGUCAGAAAGAGUCUGGCCUGAAAUGUUCAACACUUGGUUCUGAUCCAGUAAAAUCUACUUUUUUAGCUGUAGAAACAAAAUGACAACCUUUCCAUCACAACAGUUAAUGCAGUACUUUAAACGUGUCAUCAGUGAUAUGAUGGCCAUGCUGCAGAAUUAUCAGAAGUAUUGGAAUUGUUGGAAUUAAGUGUUGGCAAUUAUUUAAUUAACUAUUGUAUAUUCCUCUCAUAAGACAAACUGUCACCCGUGUUUGUCCUCAUCACAUUCAGAUCACUCAUCUCUGAAUGUGUACCACAGGGAUCUGUUUUAGAGCUUUGACUUUUUUAUCAGCUUCCAAAAAUUUGUUCUGAUUACUUUGUUUGUUUGAUUGUAUGCACAUCACUCAGCUUUAUACAAUCUGAUCCUGAUGAAUCUACAGUUUAAAGUUCUCCAAACUCAGGCUUAAUUUUAACAACGUUUAAACUUCAUAAAUGAAAAUUCUUUUGGUCCACAGGUGGAAGUUUGCAGGACGCUCUGACAUUUGGCUGCAGAGUUGCUGGAGCGAAAUGUGGCUUUCACGGUUAUGAUGGGAUUGCGGAAAAGUUCAGAAAUGACUCUCCAAAGAGUUAA